CAUGCUUAAUCAUGCCUGAGACGUCGCUGCGGUCGCGACGAUUUCUCGUGUCAUCGGGAGUGUUCUUUUACCAUCUAACAUAAGUUGCUCUUUCUCCUAGCAAAAGAUUAUUUUCUCUCACUUCUUUUGCUUAACACACUCAUUGUCAGACGUAUAAUAGUGAGCAGCUGAUUACGUGUCUCGAGACUAGUUUUUCUUGCCGCGAUGCAUUUAAAUUGAGCAAAACAAGAAUCAGCAUUAAUUUCGUCGGCCAUAAAAUUGCAAUUUAUUUGCCAAUUUGUAUAAUUUAUCAUUAUUACAAGUAUUCGAAAUGAGUGUUUUUGUGACACUUACGAAAUUAUUUACUAGCCCGGCAGCAGGCAAGAUGUUAGCAAGACGUUAUUCGAAAGUCGGAUUCGUUGGAUUGGGCAACAUGGGCGGUCACAUGGCGAGGAACUUGUUGAAGAAGGGAUAUGAGCUCACUGUAUAUGAUGUAAACAAGUCGGCGGUGGCGAAUUUAGUGGAGGCGGGCGCAGGUUGUGCGUCAAGCGCGGCUGAAAUGUCAAGCGGAGCUGAUGUUGUCAUCUCAAUGUUACCAUCAAAUCAACACGUGCUGGAUGUAUACACCGGCGAGAACGGCGUGUUUAGUGCAGCGAAGAACAACGUUCUACUGAUCGAUAGCAGUACCGUGGAUCCAUCGGUGUCUCAGUCGGUCGCGUCGCAGGCUCGGGAACGUAAUUUGAGAUUUAUCGACAGUCCCGUGUCAGGAGGUGUGAACGCAGCUAAGGAUGGUACGUUGACAUUCAUGGUGGGCGGCUCGGGAAUGGAUUUUAACGAUGCGAAGUCCAUUCUUGAAGCUCUGGGAUCUAGGAUAGUGCACUGCGGAGACGUGGGCAUGGGACAGGCGGCUAAGCUGUGUAACAAUAUGUUAUUAGCCAUUAGUAUGAUUGGCACUGCCGAGGCGUUCAACCUUGGGCAAAGGCUGGGCUUGGACGCCAAGAUAUUGGCCGACAUUGUAAACUCGAGCUCGGGCAGAUGCUGGUCUUCCGAUCUCUACAAUCCGGUUCCAGGGAUCCUGCCCAAUGUUCCCAGUUCGAAGAAUUAUGAGGGCGGUUUCGGGACAACAUUGAUGGCCAAAGAUCUGGGACUGGCGCAAUCCGCCGCUACCAGAACGCAAGCUCCGAUUCCCCUCGGUUCUCUGGCGCAUCAAAUUUAUAGAGCGGUGAUCGCUCAAGGAUUCUCGAACAAGGACUUCAGCGUGGUCUAUGAAUUUCUUAAAGGCGUGGACGAGAGGGCAGUGCGGUUCGGUGCGACUGACGGUCGUGCGGUGUCGAGUUCGAGAGUUUUCCCGCUGUCGUUUCCGAGGAUCUCGCGCGCGAGUCAGAUAUGGCACAAGCAGUGUUUCAAGUGUCAGGGCUGCGGUAUGACCCUGAACAUGCGGACGUACAAGGGUUUCAACAAACAGCCGUAUUGCGAGGCGCACAUACCAAAAGCCAAAGCCACCACGAUGGCGGAGACACCGGAGCUGAAGCGUAUCGCGGAGAACACGAAGAUACAGAGUAACGUCAAGUAUCACGCCGAGUUCGAGAAGGCGAAGGGGAAGUUUACGCAAGUCGCGGACGAUCCGGAGACUCUUAGAAUCAAGCAGAACAGUAAGAUCAUCUCGAAUGUUGCUUAUCACGGCGAACUUGAGAAGAAGGCGAUCAUGGAGCAAAAGAGGACAAUGACUGGGGAAAACGGCGAGCAAAUAGAGUACGUAGAGUACACAGACGGUACGAUUGCACCUGCGUCGAGCAUAAACGCCAAUCCGCCGCCCGCAAGGACGGCGAAUUCGCCGGUGCAGAGGACACCAGGUAGGAUCGCCGAUUACGAUCCCCUUAGCGAAGCGAGGCCGAGUCCCUAUUCCGCAAGGCAAGCUGCUACCACUGUCAUUUAUACGAGCGACAAGGGACCAGUGACGAAUCCACCGACACGUAAAAUCGGCUCGGUUGCUGACAUCGACCCAGUGAACGAAUACUAUGGAUCGUUAACGCCGGCCACAACGAUAAACAAUAAUCAACAUCAACUUCAGCAUCAGCAUCAAUCACCGCCACCGCCCUCCAACGUUGGAAGAGUGUACAGAGCGAUGUAUGACUACGAGGCGCAGGAUCUCGACGAAGUGAGCUUCUGCGAUGGCGAUUUGAUCGUCAACUGCACAGCCGUCGACGAGGGUUGGAUGACCGGACUGGUACAGCGUACGGGACGACACGGCAUGCUACCCGCUAAUUAUGUCGAGCCGGCGCAGAUUUAAAUAUUUUUCAGGUCGAGCUUCCAUUCGCUAACUGUUGGCCGCCGCUUCGAUCGGAGCGCUUAAUUAGAGCGCUUUGCCGACGGAAGAGACGAUGUUAAAACAAAAAUUACGUGAUACAAUACUCGCGCUAGCGCCUCUGCUCGGCCCUUGUUAUUCGGCCGAGGCAAUUUGUUUGAUCGAAACGGCGAACUGUCAUCUUAGGAGAUCGAAUAAUCAGAUAUCUCGGCGACCAAAGUGUUUCACGAAGAAUCUUGAUAUAAAUUUGAUUACUUUUUAUCUUGGUAUCAACUUGCUCGUGACGUCUGUUUGAUGAUAAAGUUGAGUAUUUCAAAAUACUCUCUAUUAUUGGUAAAAGAAAUCCAUUUGAGAAAUAUCAAAAUUCAGUUUGACAUAAAUGCUCCAAGACGUACUUUAUAAGUAUUCAAGUUGAGCGUCCUCGGCUUCUAGAUGACAAAGUUUUGUUUGUCAGAAUUCCAUGAUGGGACCAAACUUCACGUAACUGCAGUAAAUUAUGCCGAUUACAAUUAAUAUUCUGACAACUUGUGAAGCGACAUAAGCCUUGACCAACAAUUAAGAAUUAAAUAUAAGAUAUAUUUUUCAUGCAAUGCAGUUUUCUGUAAAGCGUCACUUUUUUUUACUAUUAGCCACAGUUAUGUCAUUUCUCCGUUUCCGAUAUUUUUUUAAGAAUUUAAAUUAUACGAUUAAAAGUAUCAAGAAAGUUAACAUUAAUUUGAUUCAAGUCUAAACAGUCUCUUUACUUUUUUUUGUUAAUUAUUAUUUUUAUUGACGAGAAUUUUAUAUUAAUUGUUACUCGAUAUAAACACUGACUAUCAAUUAGAUAUUUUUAUUUUUACAUUUCCGACCAUUUUGCAUUUAUAACUAAUACUGCAUUCUUGUUUUUAUAAUAAUAUACUAUCUCUCCAAUUCUUUUACUUUCUCAGAGAUGUUCGUAUAAAAUAGUAUUUUAGUCAUGAUAUUUAAACUAAUAACGAAACAUAGGACAAAAUUUUCCCUUAUAUUCGAAGAGAAACAAUGCAAUGUGCCUUAUACGUAUAGACUGCUAAGUAGCGGUAUGGAUUUUUUAUCAUAAUGUAAACUAUAUGAAAGUGCAUCGGAAUAGGAUAUUCAAAGAAAUAUCAACAAAUUUUUACUCGCCACAUUAAUGUAGCUUGAUUUGAUGUGAAAAAGAAAUGGAUACAAAUACCUCUACCUCUCUUCCUGAAGCUAAAGCAAGUUAAAAUAAUGAGGUACAUAAUAUUAUUGACGCGAAAGAUGCUGACACUUGCCUUCUUUUUUAAUAAAGUAUGAAAAUUAUUAGGUGCCGUUGCUGGUUUUCAAUUAAUUAACGAUCUAAAUAUAAAUUAAUUAACCUAUAUUUUAUUGCCUAGCUCUUAAGUUUUAUUUCGUAUGGUCCACAUAUAUGUUUCGUAUUUCUCUCCAAAAUUGCAUUGACGUAAUUAUUUGUCUGACGAUUCUGAGGUUACCGAACAGCAUGAGACUACAUAUUAUCGAAAAUUAAUUGAUAUUUAGUUUAUCCUAAUGUCGAGCACUUUUUGUGAAAUUAUAAAAGUGCGGUGUUAAUCGUGUUGGUUAACAUGACAACUAAUAUUCUAAGAUAGGUUUUUCUACUUCAACUCUUAUCGUUUGUAACGUAUAGCAAUACUUACAACUUGUAAUUAACGUAUAGCAAUAAUCGUGCCUAAAUUUAUCCUUGUUGGAAUGUCGUGUUUACCACCACGGGUUACUUCCUAGUGCUUUGUUAUUGCGUUUUUAAAUUAAUGUCUAACUGGUUCCUCAGAAAUGUAUCUACAUCCCAUUUACCUGAAUAGGCAGAUUUAUAUUGUGGAAUGACGUCCGAUGGAACUGUACAGAUUAACGAACCAUGUAAAAGUUAUAAGUAAUUCGUUAUCUGCGAGUCACACGUGAUGUCGUUCGACCUCAUUUAUAAACGAAGAGAAUGAUAUUUUUGGAAACAUGUUACUCAGCACUCUUGUAAUUAUUAGAUCGCUGAUAAGAGGAUUUCAUAUUUUAAUUGCAAGAUACAGAAAUAUAUGUUAGCGUUGUGUUUAGACAAAUAUUAUAUUAUCAUAGCAAAUCAUAAAUAAUGAAUAUGUAUGUUAUGUAAGUCUAUGGUUCAUUUUUAUUAGUAAUUGCACACUCAAUACUGCAUCCUUUCUCGAUCUUCUUUUACCGAUGAAAUUCCUUUCUUCAGUCUGAAAAAUUGUUAGUCUUCUGAAAACAAAUGAUUCGCAAAGACGCGUAUACAUCGCUUUUUUUAUCACAGUAUAUAUAAUUUAUUUUCAUUCACACAGACCUAUGUAAUCAUAAACUUGGUAUUCGCAAA